AACUCAUAACCAGCUACCCUACCCCCAACCCCAAGAAAACGACAGCGUCCUUUUGCUCGUCUUCCUAUAUAAAAACCAUACACAAUUGGAAUUGUAAAAUUGAACACAUUUCGAAAAAUUGAGGUCCUCGAAACUCGUUGUAAUAAAGCGCAGGGAAAAAGAAAAAAGAAAAAAACAAAUACAAUGGAGAAUUAUAGUAAGCAAAAAAACAGAGAUGGCGCGCUUAAUGAGAAAAUAUCAUUUCUAAAUCGCAUCGAUCUUUCUAGCUCUGAUAUUCACCAAUCUGUUUCUUUACUCAAACAGGCAUGUUUGGAUUGUGGAUUUUUUUACGUGAUAAACCACGGAAUAAGCGAAGAAUUCAUGGAAGAGGUUUUUAAAGAGAGUAAAAAGUUUUUUGAAUUACCAGAAAGUGAGAAAAUGAAAGUUUUAAGGAACGAGAAACAUCGAGGUUACACUCCUGUUCUUGACGAACUUUUGGAUCCUGAUAAUCAAGUUCACGUAGGAGACUAUAAAGAGGGAUAUUACAUUGGCGUUGAAGUGCCUGAAGACGAUCCUGAAGCGGACAAGCCGUUUUAUGGUCCUAAUGUUUGGCCAAAACCCGAUCUUUUGCCUGGUUGGAGGCAAACUAUGGAGAGGUUUCAUCAAGAGGCAUUAGAGGUAGCGAGAAAAAUUGCAAGGAUCAUAGCCCUUGCGCUUGAUCUAGAUGCUAAUUUUUUUGACAGACCAGAAAUGCUUGGCCAGCCAAUUGCAGUCAUGCGUUUGCUACACUACGGAGCUUAUGUUUCUGAUCCCUUAAAGGGACUAUUUGGAGCUGGAGCUCAUUCUGACUAUGGUUUGAUUACCCUUUUAGCCACAGACGAUGUCCCUGGCCUCCAAAUAUGCAAGGAUAAGGAUUCUCGGCCUCAAGUAUGGGAAAAUAUAGCACCACUAAAAGGAGCAUUUAUAGUUAAUCUUGGUGAUAUGCUGGAGCGCUGGAGCAACUGUAUUUUCAGGUCCACGCUGCAUAGAGUUGUAGGGAAUGGUCAAGAGAGAUAUUCUAUAGCAUACUUUGUGGAACCUAGUCAUGAGUGUCUAGUUGAAUGCUUGCCCACCUGCAAGUCAGAAAAGAAUCCUCCCAGGUUUCCUCCAAUCAAAUGUGGGACUUACCUAAGUCAACGGUACAAGGAUACUCAUACUGAUUUGAAUUUGUAUAGCAAACCUCAAACUUGAGUCUGCCAAAGAGUUAAAAGUUCCAAUCAUAUGUCCUAUAAAUUAGUUAGUCCCCGCAAAUUAUGUGAGGAUCUGAAAGCAUCCCCCUGAAUGUGUUGUACACAUAUAUAUGUAAGUGAACUUCAACUACUAAUUUGAGUAUUUUUAUUUAAUUUCAAUUUUGAUUA